AUGAAAUUGGAAUCGCUACCAAACGAACUCUUAUUAGAUCUAUUUAAAUAUUUUUCUACUGUUCAACUUCUACGUUCUUUUAAUGAUCUCAAUUCUCGUUUUAAUAAUCUUCUAUUUCAUGAUUUUCGUGAUUAUCAUCUGGAUUUUCGGUCUAUAUCUCGAGAUAAUUUUAAAAUUCUUUGUCAACAAUAUCUUCCAGUAAUUAUCGAUCAGGUUAGUUCACUUCGUCUAGCAAAUGAUGAUGAUGAUAGUCCACAACAAAUAGAUCUCUUCUUUUCACAUGUCAGUUCGACUGAUGAUAAUGCUGAUUAUGAUCUUCAAAUCUUACUUAAUGAAGCACAUUGCCUGUACUCAUUAGAAAUUACAUCAUGGCCUUCAUCGCUAAUACCUCUAGUCAAAAAUACGAGUAAAUCGGUCCGACGGCUUGACUUGCGUCAGCUAACAAUUUGUCAUCAACAAGAUUCCAAUUCAUCUUCUAGGACACAAAACUAUCGUAAAUUUGGUUGUUCACGAUUAGGCAUUCAAUGCGAAAUACUUCGAAUUGCUACUGAAUCUGAAGCAGAUAUAUUAGCACUUGUGGAUACAAUGACUAAUAUUCGAGUAUUGUACACUACAUGUACAUCUGAUAUAUGGAAAUAUGCCGAUAAUGUAUCUUCAUCGAAAAAAUUCGAAUUUAUUGAAUUAUUGAAAUCUUCGUUACCUUCUACGUCUAUAAUUACAAGAGUUUCAGGCCUUUAUGGGUUUCUUCAAUUAUGGUUUCGUUGA